UGAUAAUCCUAAAACCCUUUUUGUCAUUCUUAAACCCUUCACUCCAACAUCGAAAAUUCAGAAACUAAACAAUACACAAAUGUCAAUUUGGCGUUUCCUUUAUACCAAAGCCACCACUAUUUCUUCCAAUUCAAAAACCUCACAACAUUUCUCCUUGAACCCUAACUCCACUUUCUCUCUUUUCACUUCCCACUUCAGACAACUUUCCACCUCCUUCCUCGUCACCAAAACCCCUAAGAAAUUCCGUAAGAAACGGAAGAAAAAGGAAUCCCCGCGAACCAAAUUGGUUCAAACUCAACCAAACAUCAACUCCCAUUUCGAAAACAUUCUUUUUCGUGAUACCCAUUUCAGAUUUCUCACUAAAACCAAAGAAUUCCUCUCCAAACAACCCCAUCAUGUCCUCCGCCUUGACGAUGCCGGUAAACUCCAUCAGCAGCUGGGGUUCCCGCGUGGCCGGAAAGUUGUCCGAUCCCUCCAACGACACCCUUCAAUUUUCGAAAUUUAUCGGCAUAAUGAUGGUAAGAUGUGGAUUGGUUUCACUGAUUUAAUGGAACAAUUGUUGGAUGAGGAGGGUAAAGUAAUGAAUGAAAUGGAAAGUGAUAGAGUUAGUGUAGUUAGGAAAUUGUUAAUGAUGUCGAAAGACAAGAGGAUUCCUUUGAGUAAAAUUUAUCAUAAUAGACUUUUAUUUGGUAUACCUGAGGAUUUUAGGGAUAGGAUAAGGAAGUAUGAGGAUUAUUUUAAGGUGGUUGUUGAAGAAGAUGGGAAAAGGGUAGUUGAGCUUGUGAAUUGGGAUCCUACAUUGGCAGUGAGCGCGUUGGAGAAGGAGUAUAUGGUUGAUGAGGAUAAGGUGAAGAAGGCGUUUAAGUUUCCGAUAAAACAUGGGAAAGCAUUGGAUUUGGAUGAAGGUGAUGAAAGGAAGUUAAAUUUGUUGUAUACGUUGCCAUUAGUUUCGCCUUAUUCUGAUGGAAGCAAGCUGGAUUUGUGGACUGUGGAGGCAGAGAAGUUUAGAGUUGGAUUGAUUCAUGAGUUCUUGAGUUUGACAUUGGAGAAGAGAGCUUAUAUACACAACAUUGUGGAGUUCAAGGAAGAGUUUUGUCUUACGAAGCAUACUUAUCAAAUGCUCUUGAAACAGCCUCGGACGUUUUAUUUGGCUGGUACAGAAAUGAAUUGGUCUGUUUUUCUAAAGGAUGCUUAUGGGGAAGACGGGGUUUUGCUAAAUAAGGAUCCGCUGGUGCUGUUCAAUGAGAAACUUUAUAGAUAUGCAGACAUGAAAGUGUUGAAGCCAAGCAGUGAUGUCUAUGAGACAUGAAAAGUUGAAUUAGCUUUUACUUUUAGUGUAACUUAUGGUGAUGAUGGAGCAUCGUAGAGCAGAAUUUACACGAAGAAUACAGAAGAAGAAUUAUGGUGAACCUCGUCCACCUAUGUUAUAUUUCAAAGCAACAUAAAUCUUGAGGUAUCUAGAGUUGUUUCGAGCACUUAUUUACCAUUUUCCUGCUGCCUAUUAUUUUCAGCUAUAAAUUGUGAUCAUACCCGUACUCCAUCAUCUCCAAAAUGUGGAGCAGUAUUACAUUCAUAAUGUAAAAAUUUACUUGUCAGAAGAAGAAAUGCUUUGUAGUGAAAUAUUGCAUUUGAUUGAAUAAGAUAAUAUUCAGUAUUCAAGUAUUA